AUGCCUGCAACUCUAAGGAAUCUCCUGCUCUUUCCAAAUACCUUCUCCUUCACUUUCGCCUUGCUUCUGUCGAUAAACUGCCACCUUUUCUCAUACUGCGAAUGUAUCGAUAUUCAGGGUCAGGCUCUUUUAACAUGGAAGAAAAGCCUGAACAGCUCUGCAGAUGCAUUAGGAUCAUGGAAUCCCCUAGACCCGACACCGUGCAAAUGGUUCGGAAUACGUUGCGACUUGAAUGGCGCGGUAAUCGAAGUGAGCUUGAGAUCAGUGGAUCUGCAAGGCUCAUUGCCUUUCAAUUUCCAAUCUCUCAAGUCCUUGAAGAGCCUUGUCCUCUCGUCGACGAACCUGACAGGCACAAUUCCAAAAGAGUUUGGGGAAUAUCAGGAGCUCAGUCUCAUUGACCUCAGCGACAAUUCCCUCUCAGGUGAAAUACCAGAAGAAAUAUGCAGGCUGAGCAAGCUACAAACUCUAUCUCUCAACACAAACUUGCUCGAAGGCAAAAUGCCCAAUGCAAUCGGAAACCUUUCUAGUCUCACCUAUCUGACGCUCUACGACAAUCAACUUAGCAGCGAGAUACCGAGAAGCAUUGGAGCGCUGAGCAAGUUAGAAGUCUUUCGGGCAGGGGGGAAUAAGAAUUUCCGGGGCGAGCUGCCUUUGGAGAUUGGGAAUUGCACCAACUUGGUCAUGCUAGGAUUCGCCGAAACCAGCCUUUCCGGAAGUCUUCCUAAAUCAAUCGGGUCCUUGCGAAGGCUUCAAACUCUAGCCAUAUACACGGCUUUAUUGUCGGGCCCCAUUCCCGAAGAGAUAGGGAACUGCAGCCAGUUGCAGAACCUGUACCUGUAUCAAAACUUGCUCUCUGGUCCAAUCCCGCGGCAAAUUGGGCAGCUAAGAAAGCUCCAGAGCCUCCUUGCGUGGCAGAAUAGCUUAGCUGGUGCAAUCCCUUACGAGCUUGGAAGCUGCACGGAGAUCAUGGUUAUGGAUCUGUCCGAGAAUCUUUUAACCGGAAGCAUCCCCAGAAGUUUUGGAAACCUUCUAAAACUUCAAGAAUUGCAGCUGAGUGUCAACCAGUUAUCCGGUACCAUACCAUCGGAAAUGAUGAACUGUACUGCGCUGACUCAUCUGGAGAUUGAUAACAACAACCUCUCGGGCAGCAUUCCCUCUCUUAUCGGCAAUUUGAGGAGCUUGACUAUUCUCUUUGCAUGGCAGAACACACUCACGGGCAUCAUUCCAGAUAGCCUAUCCGACUGCCAAGGUCUUCAGGCUCUCGAUCUUUCUUACAACAAUCUAUCUGGUCCAAUACCGAAACAGAUAUUCGGACUAAGGAAUCUUACCAAGCUGCUGCUAAUCUCCAACCACUUAUCCGGUUUCAUACCGCCUGAUAUCGGAAAUUGCACGGCUAUGUAUCGCCUGCGGCUGAAGGGCAACAGGUUUGCGGGCCCCAUACCAGCGGAAAUUGGAAAACUGAAGAGCUUGGAUUUCCUUGAUCUGAGUAACAACCAACUUACAGGAGGAAUCCCUCCGUCGAUUUCGGGAUGUGGAAACCUCGAGUUCAUCGAUCUCCAUUCAAAUGGGCUCACAGGUCCCAUGCCAGAUACGCUACCUAGGAGCCUAAGGUUUGUGGACGUCUCCGACAAUCAGCUAAGUGGUCCGCUGACUCAAGAGAUUGGAUCGCUGACUGAAUUAACGAAACUCAAUCUCCGAAAGAAUCAACUCUCCGGCAGAAUUCCAGCGGAGAUUCUGUCUUGCAGUAAGCUUCAAAUGCUUGAUCUUGGAAGCAACAGCUUCUCAGAUGGCAUUCCGAAGGAGCUGGGCUUAAUUCCGUCGCUGGAAAUUUCUCUGAAUCUUAGCUGCAAUCAGUUCUCCGGCAAGAUUCCGUCCCAGUUUUCCAGUCUUACUAAGCUAGCAGUCCUUGACCUCUCACAUAACAAGCUACAGGGCGACCUGAACGCCCUCGCAAGCCUCCAAAAUCUGGUUUCACUCAACAUCUCUUUCAACGAUUUCUCCGGUGAAUUACCAGACACCCCAUAUUUCAGAAAUCUUCCCUUUAGUGAUCUUGCUGGCAAUAAAGGUCUCCACAUCACUGGUGAGCCUGCAAACACAGAUGGCCACGUCGAAUCUGAGAACGGUGCAAGAUCUGCUGCAAAGUUAGUGAUGCUAAUCCUCGCGAAUACUAUUGCUGUGCUGCUUCUGCUAGGAAUCUACGUGCUGGUCCGCGCUCACACUAACAGACCCUUGGGAGAUGAAACUUGGGAGAUGACUCUCUACCAAAAACUCGAUUUCUCCAUUGAUGACAUUGUCAAGAGUCUAACAACAUCCACCGUCAUCGGCACUGGGAGUUCUGGAGUAGUAUACAGAGUGACGAUUCCUAAUGGAGAAACACUUGCGGUGAAGAAAAUGUGGGCACAAGAACAGUCAGGAGCAUUCGGUUCAGAGAUUCAGACUCUAGGUUCUAUCCGACACAAGAACAUCGUUCGGCUUCUGGGUUGGGGAUCGAGCCAGAACAUAAAACUGCUGUUUUAUGACUACCUUCCGAAUGGAAGCUUGAGUUCCCUCCUCCACGGUGCGGGGAAGGGAGGAGCAGAGUGGGAGACUAGAUAUGAUAUAGUGUUAGGAAUAGCACAUGCACUUGAGUAUUUGCACCAUGGUUGUGUCCCGGCGAUCCUGCAUGGAGAUGUGAAAGCUAUGAACAUCCUGUUGGGUCCUCGAUACGAACCUUACCUUGCUGAUUUCGGAUUGGCUCAAGUUUUGAAUGGUGAUGGUGAUGAUAUCUCCAAACAGGGUCAUAGACCUCGCCUCGCUGGUUCUUACGGAUACAUGGCUCCAGAGCAUGCGUCCCUGCAGCCGAUUACUGAGAAGAGCGAUGUAUACAGCUUCGGAGUGGUUCUUCUUGAGGUAUUAACUGGAAGGCACCCACUGGAUCCUUCUUUCCCCGGGGGAGCUCCGUUGGUACAAUGGGUUCAGGACCACGUAGCAAGGAAGGGGGACCCGGUGGAUGUUCUUGAUCCGAAGCUCAGAGGAAGGCCUGACACGGUUUUGCACGAAAUGCUGCAGACACUGUCUAUAUCUUUAAUGUGUGUAAAUACCAAGACCGAUGAUCGUCUGGUGAUGAAAGAUGUCGUUACUCUGCUGAAGGCAAUUCGACAUGUAGAGUCCGUACGGCCAGGAUCUGAUGUGACGAAAGGAGGUCUAUCAGUCGCUCGCUCAUCGCCUCCUUUGAGGCAUGUUGUCACCCAAGAAUCUUCAAACUGCUCAUUCGCUUUCUCUGAUGAUUCAGUGUAA